UCCGAUAUUCAGUCUCGAUUCAAACGCUUAUUUUAACGGACGUGUGCUGUGGUUCGGGCGUAAAUUGAGUCAUUAUCACAUUUAAAUUCACAAAUUUGCGUAAUCAUUUGCACAAUCCAUCAUAUUUUUAGCGUACAAAUGCUGCGAAUAGUCUUGUUGUUGUUCCUCUUCUCGAUGGCUUGUAUGGGUCAAACAUUUCAGUACUCCAGGGGUUGGACCAAUGGCAAGCGUAGCGGUGGCGGAAGCUCGACGUCAAAUAUUUUCCGCAAAGACGAUGAAGGAAUGUCAGAACUAUUUGAUUUUCAAGAUGUUGCCAGUGAAAGGAGAUUGGAGAGAUGCCUAUUACAACUCCAACACGUGGUCAGAAAUCCCCUGCUCCUGCAUUCGGCAGCAGCAGCACUCGCCCUCAAUCCUCUAACGUCGAACAAUGUGAGCGGCAACAGAAACAACAACCUCAAUAAAGACAGCACCAAUAAUCCGUUCUCAAGGAGUCAUCAAUCAAACGAAUUGUUUGAAGAAGUUAUCGAUGCGAAUGAUGAUUAUGGCAAGCAUUAAGCAAACACGUCAACGUUGGCAGAACAACUGUUACCCACAACGAUAAAGGACAAUGGCCACCACUGAACGAUUGGCGGAGAAAAAUGAUUUGUUUGCAGCUUAAACUGCUAGUGUAAAAUUAAGAUUGAACUACAUUGAAUAUUGACAAAAUACUACAAAGGAAAAAUCAAAAAUUAAUAAAAAACAAAAAAAAUUUUUAACUCACACCCUAAUUAGAAACGUACAAAUUGAGGCUGGCUUACCAUUACCAAUUGAAAUUACGCUGUGGUUUUGUACGACUACGAGUAUCUCUCCCUGUAAAUAACAACUUGAAAUGACUUUUUUAUUUGAUUAAGUUGUGUCAAACAUAUAUUUAUUUAAUAAAUGUGAUUGAUAUCUGAUGAACCAGAAGAAAAACUUCA